GGAGCCGCUGCAGCUCCCAGGGUGCCGGGAAGAGCUGAGCAGGGCACGCGCGGCCCCGGCACAGGGGUGGCAGGAUGGCAGCCUGCCUGCACCAGGGCUGGCUGCCCUCACUGCUCCCUGCCAUCCUGCUCAGCUUCCACAGCCCGACGUCAGCCUCCGAGCCAGUGACAUCCCAAGAUGCUGCACUGCUGGCAGGGGUGCCCGAGAACAUCCUCUGCUUCUCCCGCUCCUUUGAGGACCUCACCUGCUUCUGGGAUGAGGAGGAGGAGGAAGAGGCGAGCAGGACGUGCCACUUCUACUACUGGUACAGCAGGGACAUGCCCAGGGCAUGCACGGUUUCCACAUGGCGCCGUGGGGCUGGUGGGACACGGCACGCCUGCAUCUUCCCCAGCCAGGACGUGCGGCUCUUCACCCAGCUCCACCUCCAUGUCCUGGACAUCACCACAAACCAGACCAAGUACCAGCGGGAGCUCAGCGUGGAUACAGUGGGGCUCAUCGCCCCCCCGGUGAACAUCACGGCCCACUGGGCUGGGGCUGUGGGGCAGCUCUACGUGUCCUGGCAGCCGCCACUCGCCGACUACCCAAACUUCUUCCUCUACGAGGUGCGGUGCUGCCCUGCCAGCCCCCCGGAGAUGCCCUGCAGCACUGCACUGGACCACAGCGGGCAGCAUCCCGGGGACCCCUACAUCCAGCCAGAAGUCAGCACCCACACACCCACGGCCGGGACAGCUGCAGCCCCCCCGGGAGCGGGGCAGGGGCUCGUCCAGGCCAACACCUGGGUGGUCAUCCGAGACCUGCAGCCAGGGGUGAGGUACCACAUCCAGGUGCGCAGCAAGCCUGACGGCACCUCCAUGGAUGGCUUCUGGGGACCCUGGUCACAGGCAGUGGCUGCAGAGACACCCCGUUCCUCUGGUGAGCAGCCAUGCCCACCACCAAGGUGCUGGCAGGCACAGCGGGGAGGUACCCACGCCUGGGGCUGUGAGGGGUGGGGGUCCUGGAGUAGGCAAGGUGCAGCACCCAGGUUUUGGGGAGCCAGGGGAAGCAGCCCCCUCCCUGCCCUGGCUCUGACCUGCCCAGGAGACAUCGGGCUGUCCUGCAGCACCCCUGACCUGCGGCACUUGCACUGUGAGUGGAGCUGGGACCCUGCAGAGACCCACAGCUCCCACCAGCUCUUCUACCAGCUUUUUCCGAGUGGGGCUGGCACAAGGGAAGAUGCAUGGCAGCAAUGCUUGGAGGUAAGUGUGGGGGUGCAGGGCACCUACACCUGCACCUUCCAGCCCAGGGCUGGCAGUGCCAUCUCCAUCCUGGUAAACGUCACCCGACCCCACACGCCACCCACGCUCAGCUACUUCAAGGAGCCCUUCUGGCUACACCAGGCUGUGCUCACAGACGCCCCACAGCUUGUGCAGGCGACGGUGUCACAGGGCCGGCUGACCCUGCAGUGGCUGCCACCCCUGGAGGCACUGGCAGAGCAGCUGGACUACCAAGUCCGCUAUGCUGUGGAGAACAGCCAUGACUGGAAGGUCCUGCAGGUCCCGCGGGCAGCCAGGAAAGAAGUCCUGGACCUACGGCCAGGUGCCCGCUACCAUGCCCAGGUGCGGGCCCAGCCCAGCGGGCCGUGGUACCAGGGCAGCUGGAGCGCCUGGUCCGAACCUGUUGUGGCUGAUGCCAUGGCCGAUGGGGGCUGGAUCAUCCCCAGUGUUAUGGUGGUGCCGCUGCUCUUCACAGGGGUGCUCCUGGGGCUGCGGUGCACCUUCCCCUCCCUCUACAGCAACGUGAAGCAGAAGCUCUGGCCCCCCGUCCCCGACCUGCACCGCGCCCUGGGCAGCUUCCUCCAUGAGAGCAGCAAGCACGGCCAGGCCAACGCCUUCUACAAGCAGCCGCCGGAGGAGGAGGAGGCCGUCCUGCCCUGCCUGCUGGAGGUGCUCCCCGGCCCGCGGGGCGGGGAGACGGGCCCACCGCCCCCGCCGCCGCAGCCCGCUGCCGGCCGCCUGCCCAGCACCGACAUCGCCAACCAGUCCUACCUGCUCAUGAGCGGCUGGGAGCCGCGCGGGCCGCCCUGAGCCGUCUCCCCCCCCCCCUUCUGACCCCCCCCAACAUAAACGAAACGCGAAACCACCCGGCUCCAGCCUCCUCCCUCCUUCGCGGUGUCCCGGUCCCGGCCCCCGGUCCCGCAGGGAA